AUGGCCGGAAAGCAGGAAAUGAUCAACCUCGACACGCUCGAGCCUCAGCAACUCGCCCAAGUCAAGAAGCAGCUCGACGAGGAGCUUGAGCACCUGACGUCGUCGUUUGCUCAGCUCCAUGGCGCCCAGAACAAAUUCAAGGAGUGCCUGCGAUGCGUCCAGAGCCGAUCCGCCUCCAAAGAUGGAUCCAAGUCCGUCCUGGUCCCACUGACCAACUCCCUAUACGUCCGAGGAGAACUCGCCGAUGCUGAUACCGUUCUGGUGGACGUUGGAACUGGCUUCCUGGUGGAAAAGAAGCUCAAGGCUGCGGAGCAAUUCUACGAGAGCAAGUCUGAUGAGCUUGCAAACAACUUAAAAGACCUCGAGGCGAUCGUACAAAGAAAGCAAACGAACGCGCGCAUGAUUGAAGAAGUCCUCAGGCAAAAGAUCAUGGCUGCUCAGGGGCAACAAAGUGGACAGCAGGCGGCAUGA